AUGUGCUUUGGACAUGUGUGUACUCCGCUAGUGUUCGUUGAGCAUUCAAAAAGAUUUUCAUUGCAACUUCUGUCGACAAGCAUUCAUGAUGAGCUUUCCUCUUGCUUCGUUGAUGCAGUGUUUCGAGUCAAGGGCUUAGUUGCACAGGAGACAUUAUCAAUGACGCGCAGUCGCCACGACUCGUUUUUCCCGACACAGAUCAGCGUGUCCGCCAAGAAGUUGUUGCGCCGUUCUCGAUGCCCACUGCCUUUGAAACAAAUCCACGAGAUGGUGAGCUCCGAGCUUGGCGAGACUCUUGACUAUCAGCAGUUCUUGCACGCAUUGCGCACGUCUGCCAAAAAUGGAGCUCCGCGGUUCAGCAUUGACGGGGAGGUAAUUGCAUUAGCGAAUGACAUCCUUGGACACAAUGAGUGCAGGGCUCCUCCUGAAUGCUCCUGGCAGCUCCAAGAGCAAAUAAGCAGGCGGACAAAGACAUUGCUGUGCAGCUUUGGCGGCGCCAUGCAAUUGGAUGACAUCGAGGAACAUCUCCGAGCCAAUGGUUGCCUGUGGAGCCGGGAGCAGCUCAUCACAUCUUUGCAAUGCUCUGCCAAGAAUGGUGUUUCCCGCUACAUCUUUGAUGGGGAGGUGGUCCAAUUGGCCAAAGGGCUUUCGUGGCGCCAAGAGCAAAGGGAAGCAUCAAAGCAACUUUCAACAUUCCUGCAGCAGGUAGAUUUUUGCAGCUGCCCAUGGAACAUCGCCUUGGACCUACCCAGCUUCAAAGGCAACAGUGAGUUGCUGAAGCAGAUCGUACAUGACCAGAGCCACGCUGAUGGCCGUCCGCGUUUCGAAGUGCACAAGCUUCGUGGAUCGGAGUGGAUCGUUGCCACAGAGUCUCCCAAACGGUACAACUGCCAGGAGAAGCUGCGCCAGCAAGCUUUCGAGGCCAUCCGUGCGCUAGAUGCGGCAGUGCAAUCCAGGCCUUCGAAGCUGCUGGAGGAGUCCAAAGAUACAGCUGAGAUUUCAAGACUUGGACAGUUGAUGCGAGACUGGAUUUCUGGAGCCAGUUGGUUAACAUGCUUUGAUCACAGCACGCUUGUGGAUGAGGUUCCUGGCAUCAUGACGCGGGUACACCUCUUUGAUGGUACCAGCAUCGAAGUGAGAUUACACAUGUUUAUGGAUCCGGCAGAGACCUACAUUCACAACCACCGCUCGAACUUCUUCAGCUACUGUCUCAGCGGGACGUACUGGCACAAGAUUUGGGGCGUAGACGAGGGGUCCGAAGGCGAACGCUACUUCGUCGUCAAUCGCACGAGAGAUCCCCUCUUCGAGCAGCCAUUUGACAAGCCGGGAAGCUUAAGCGUCGUCGCAGCUCACACGCAUCAAGAGAGAGGGUCCUACUAUAUCAGGUCUGUGACUCCACAUACCGUCCAGCCGCAGAUGGAGGGAGAUCGGGCCACUCCUGUUCUCACCAUCUACAUCAAGGAUAAGGCUGCAGGUCCUGAUACCUUGGUUCGAGUUGCGAAGAUGCAAGAACUCGCCAGUCUCCGAGAGCAGCAGCAAGAAGCUCAAGAUUGUCCUCUUCAGGGGCACGAGAAGCUGGAGAGAUUGAGGGCAAUGCACAACCUCACACGACACGCGGACAAGCUGAGGAAACGGCCCCCGCUGCGGGUGUGA